UCAGGACAGGGAGGCCCUGCUCGCAGGUCCCGGGGUCCCGGUGGCAGCCGGAGCGCUUGGUCCGCAGGCAGCGGGCGGGUGGGCCCCCCUCCGCCCCCACCCCGCGCGUGCGCGCCCCGGCCCCUCCCUCCCUGCCACCCCCCUCGGCUCCCGCGCGGCGGCGGCGGUUCCUCUCCCCCCUCCCCCCAGCCCUGGCUCCGGGGGACCCCGCGAUGCCGGUCCGCACCGAGUGUCCCCCGCCGGCCGGUGCCUCGGCCGCCUCCGCGGCCUCGCUCAUCCCGCCGCCGCCCAUCAACACCCAGCAGCCCGGCGUGGCCACCAGCCUGCUCUACAGCGGCUCCAAGUUCCGCGGCCACCAGAAGAGCAAGGGGAACUCGUACGACGUAGAGGUGGUGCUGCAGCAUGUGGACACAGGGAACUCUUACCUUUGUGGAUACCUGAAGAUAAAAGGCCUUACUGAGGAGUAUCCAACCCUUACGACCUUUUUUGAAGGAGAAAUAAUCAGCAAAAAACACCCUUUCUUAACGCGGAAGUGGGACGCAGAUGAAGACGUUGAUCGGAAACACUGGGGCAAGUUUCUGGCUUUUUAUCAGUAUGCAAAAUCAUUUAAUUCAGAUGACUUUGAUUAUGAAGAGCUGAAGAAUGGGGAUUAUGUCUUCAUGAGGUGGAAGGAACAGUUCCUGGUCCCAGAUCACACGAUCAAAGACAUCAGCGGUGCCUCCUUUGCUGGGUUCUAUUACAUCUGCUUCCAGAAGUCGGCAGCCUCCAUAGAAGGCUACUAUUACCAUAGGAGUUCAGAAUGGUAUCAGUCCCUCAACCUAACGCAUGUUCCUGAACACAGCGCACCCAUCUAUGAAUUCCGGUGACAGCGGUUCAGAGCAGGAACUAAAUAAAACUGAACUUGGCAAAAAAAAAAAAAAAAAAAAGAACUUUGCCAAGAAAAUUGUGUACCUGCCAGAACCAGGAGAACGUGUGUUCCUGUUUCUUCACGAGCAGAUUCGCAUCAGAAGGCAUGAAUGUUAACCCACAGAAUCCAAGGAGCAUGGCCAACCAGCAGGCAGGCAGAGGGAAUGUUCUCUGUUCUUCCUCCCUCUCUGAGGCAGUUUGGUCUUAAUCUGUUUUUAAGCUACCUUAAAUGCACUUUUCCUUGCUGCACAGCUAACUUCUGUAUCACCGAAAGGCCCAUUCCUCCCUCCAUCCCCACCUCCAACCAAGUAGAAGGUCAGCGCCCCCCAGUCACCCUCAGCCUUGGUGCUCAGUGGUCUCUGCCCAGGCCCCAGCCCUGCGCGCUGCCCCUCUUCCCCACCCCCAGUUGCUUAGUCUGGUAGCUCAAGAGAAGGCAGAGCCCCAGCACACGUGUGCCCCCCCUGCCCUGAGCUCUGUGCAGGGAAUCGGGGCGCUGCAGCAGCAUCCGCCAAUGAAACGGGAGGCAGAGGCUGCUUCACGGGGUCACCUGGCGCUGCCCAGCCCUGCCGCGUUAGUCAGUGGCUGGCAGGUUUCCCCUGGGCCCACCAUCGGGGAUCACUGAAUUUAAGGCUUCCGGAUCCCUGGCAGGAACAGAUUCCAAUCCUGCUUUACUCAGCACGUUUGCUCCAAACUUUUUGAACUUGAGGGCAAUACUAAACU